AAGUACAUCCAUCAACUGCACGUCCCAUCAAUUACUCUAUACAAAGUCUUCCUUUUUUUUUCUCUCUCUCUCUUAGCAUUACAAUAUGAUAAUGGUUGGUGCCCACAAUGCCAAAAAGAAAAUAUAUUUGAAUUCCAAGAAAAUAUUAUUAGACCAAAUUCAAGAAAAUUCAUAGCAACAAUUGUAUCAAGAAAAUGUUCAAACUUCACUUUUUGUUGCUCUUCUUUGCUUUCAAGAUUGCCAUUUCUUUAUCUGCACGACCAUAUGUAACACGGAUAAGCUGUGGAGCGCAAAACGAUGUUCGUAGUGUCCCUACAAGUACCCUAUGGCAUAAAGAUUUUGGAUAUACAGGAGGCAUAUGUAAGAACGCGAACACCACAAGUUUCAUAACGCCUCGACUCAACACGUUACGGUAUUUCCCUCUAUCAGAGGGUCCUGAAAAUUGUUACAAUAUCAAUAAAGUGCCACAUGGCCGUUAUUCAGUGAGAAUCUACUUUGGAUUGGUUGCAGAACCAAGUUUCGAUGACGAACCUCUAUUUGAUGUUUCUAUUGAAGGGACCUUGGUUUAUUCGUUGCCGCCUGGUUGGAGUAAUCAUGAUGAUGAACAUGCAUUCGUUCAAACUCUUGUAUUUCUCGAUAAUGGUACUGCCUCACUUUGCUUCCACAGCACGGGUCACGGAGAUCCUGCUAUUCUUGCAAUCGAGAUUCUCCAAGUAGACGACAAAGCGUACUAUUCUGGUCCUGGAUUUGGUCGAAGAACGAUCUUCAGAACUAGUCAAAGAUUGAGUUGUGGAGAUCGGAAUUCAAAAUUUGACGUUGACUACGAUGGGGAUUUGUGGGGCGGAGAUCGGUUCUGGAGCUCAAUUAUGACCUUUGGUCAGAAUUCUGAUAAGCCUAUAUCUACCAAAAGCACGAUAAAGUCGGCUUCCGUAGCACCAAACUUCUAUCCACAAGCUCUUUACCAAACUGCUCUUGUUAGUACCGACAACGAGCCAGAUUUAAUGUACACAAUAGACGUCGAUCCCAACAAAAACUACUCUGUCUGGUUACACUUUGCAGAAAUCGAUCCUUUAGUUACGGAUGUAGGACAGAGGGUUAUUGACAUCUCGAUAAAUGGUGACAUUGAAUUUCCAGGUGUUGACAUUGUUAAAAUGGCUGGGGGCGUUAACAGCGCUCUUGUACUGAACAAAACCGUCGCAGUCAGUGGCAGGACGUUGACAAUCACGUUGCAUCCAACAACAGGGACUCAUGCCAUCAUUAGUGCCAUCGAGAUUUUUGAGGUUAUAACAGCUGAAUCUAAAACAUCACCAGAGGAAGUAAAGGCAUUGCAAUCGUUGAACCUUGCACUUGGACUUCCCCGUCGUUUUGGGUGGAAUGGUGAUCCAUGUUUCCCGCAGCAACAUCCGUGGAGCGGAGUAGAUUGUCAAUUUGACAGAUCCAGCAAUAAAUGGGUCAUUGACGGGCUUGGCCUGGACAACCAAGGUUUACGGGGUUUCUUACCGGAUGAUAUUUCUCGAUUGCAUCAUCUUCAGAGCAUAAAUUUGAGCGGAAACAACAUUCGUGGACCUAUUCCCUCAACAGUCGGAACAAUAACUAGUCUGGAGAAAUUGGAUCUUUCAUACAAUUACUUCAACGGGUCGAUUCCUGAAAGCCUUGGGGAGUUGACCUCAUUAUUGACAUUGAAUCUCAACGGCAAUUUGCUUUCCGGGAAAAUUCCUGCCACAUUAGGUGGAAGGCUCUUGCACCGAGCUAGCUUCAAUUUUACUGAUAAUGCAGGCCUUUGUGGUAUUCCCGGAUUACCAACAUGUGGACCACAUCUUACUGUUGGUGCCAAAAUUGGCAUCGGCUUUGGGGCGUGCGUAGCUGUUGUAGUAAUCGCUACUUGCAUAACAUGUUGGUGGAAAAGGCGGCAAAAUAUCCUCCGCGCUAAAAGAAUUGCUGCGAGAGAUGCUCCUUAUGCAAAGAAAAGAACACAUUUUAACCAUAUUCAGAUGUCAAGACACAAUCACCAUGGUCAGCAUCACGAAAAUAAUACUCGGACAGCUGUUGAGAAUGGACCUCCUUUGCUUACCUGAGUUCGUGUCAAGAGGAUUCAACAGGUUAUAUAUACACCAACGAAAGAUUGUUCUUAUCGUAUUUUGCACAGUAUAAUUUUGUAACGAAGGACAGAUCAGUCUCCAUCGCGUAUUCGCGUGCUUACUGAGAAGAUAGCCAGAUACUAUGCUACAAGAACUCAAGAAGUCUGUUUUGUUGCUAGAAAAAUGAGUAUAGUGGUUAUAAACUAAGCUGUCGAUGAUGCACCCGUGUCGGAUUCUCCAAAAAUACACUAGUUUUGGCGAAUCCGACACGCACGUAUUGCCUUUUUUGAAGAGUCCGAACAACAUAGGUUAUAAAGGAAGCAAUUCAAAUAGUAUACAUGUAUGGUAUAUACUAAUUAUUAUUACAUGUAUUCUUGUCAUUAGUUUUGGAGUUUUUGGUAAAAGUUACUCAUGUAUACUAUGCGAUGGUGAAAUAUAAUCAAAAUGUUAUUCUUCUCCUA